CUUAGUUGAAACUAGUAGGCAUCCAUUGAUUCGACCCCUGACCUUUCAUACCAGAAAACUUAAGGACUUAAAUCUGCGCCCUUGUUGGUGCAAAAUUGUUGGUUUUAGGGUGUUUGUAAAGGUUUGUUUUGAGCUUUAGAAGCACCACUCUGUCAACUUGCCAAAAUACUAUGCUUUACAUCUCCUUUAAGUACUUUUUUUUUUGGGGAUAUAAAACCUAUCAAAUUUGAACAAUAUUCAUAAGUCUUAAUUUGACAGACUCCAGAUGAUCUUGCACUAAUUAAAAAGUAUUUGUUUUUGACUAUUUGAAGAAUCCAUACUAGGUAGGUGAAAUCUUAAACUGGUUGCAGAUACUAGAUACUACAGAAGGAUGGAAGUUGAACUUUCACAGUGAAUUUGCGAAGCAAGAGAGAUGGAGUUUUUUUUAAUUGUGGUGAAUGGAUACAAUAUAUUUUGAUCAAAUUAAGCUGAUAUCAUUUUCUGUGCAAAAAAGUUGUAAAGUAGCUUACUCCACCUAGUGGAAAAAGGCUCUAUUGUUUCUUACAUUACAUCCUUUGUUAACUCUGUUGUUAAUUACUCAUACACAUGCAAUCUCUUAAAGCUAAUUAUCUAAUUAUUAUGUGUGUGACCUAAAUUAUGAAGUAUUUAUCAAUUCAUUUGUUGGGUUUCAGUAUUUAUGCAAGCAAGUACAUACUAAUCAUUGCUAGUGUUAGUGAGCAUCAGCCGCCAACUUGGCCUUCUUACUUUAUGGACAUCAAUGUCUUGGCGUUUCUGGUUCCAGCUGGCAUUAUCGCUUGCUUUUCGCCUGUAUCUGAUGCUAGCUCUUUUGUGAUACAUUAUAUUGUUACAUCGGUGUAUUUUUCUGGUGUCAUGGUUCGCCUGAUGCUUGUGCUUGCUCCAGCGGCUUGCAUCUUGUCUGGAAUUGCUCUUUCUCAAGCUUUUGAUGUUUUCACUAGAUCAAUUAAAUUUCAGCUACCCAGUCUCUCAGUUGAUUCUCAUAUUGAUGCUGGAGGUGCCAGUUCUGAAAGUGUUGUGCCAGAUGAUACUGUGAAGACUGAUAAAACUGAGGACACACCUAAGGAACGGACCUCAAAAAAGAGCAAGAGGAAGGAAAAGGAACCUGUGGAAAAGCCUCCUAGCAAGUCACAAAUUAAGAAAAGGCUUUCGGUUUUACCUCUGGAAACAUCCAUUAUUGCUAUUGUCUUACUUAUAUUGUUGGGUGCCUUCUAUGUGGUUCACAGUGUAUGGGCAGCAGCAGAAGCUUAUUCAGCCCCUUCUAUCGUCCUAACAUCACAUUCACACGACGGGCUUCAUGUUUUUGAUGAUUUUAGAGAGGCUUAUGCUUGGUUGAGUCAUAACACAGAAGUAGAUGAUAAAGUGGCUUCUUGGUGGGAUUACGGAUAUCAAACAACUGCAAUGGCUAACCGAACUGUUAUCGUUGACAAUAAUACCUGGAAUAACACGCAUAUUGCUACUGUUGGUACUGCAAUGUCUUCUCCAGAAAAGGCUGCUUGGGAAAUUUUCCACUCUUUGGAUGUCAAAUAUGUUCUUGUUGUCUUUGGAGGAUUGGUGGGGUAUCCCAGUGAUGAUAUUAUUAAGUUCCUGUGGAUGGUUCGUAUUGGAGGGGGUGUAUUCCCUCACAUAAAGGAACCUGAUUACUUGAGGGAUGGCCAAUAUCGAAUUGAUUCUAUGGCCACACCAACAAUGCUUAACUCCCUCAUGUAUAAGCUUUCAUAUUACAGAUUUGUGGAGACAGACGGUAAAGCAUUUGACAGAGUGAGGCGGACAGAGAUUGGAAAGAAACAUUUCAAACUUACGCAUUUUGAAGAGGUGUUCACAACCCACCAUUGGAUGGUGCGGUUAUACAAGUUGAAACCUCCAAAGAACAGGAUUCGGGGAAAGAUUAAAAAAACAAAAUCUAAAUCAACCCCAAAAACUGUCUCAAAAAGGAAAGGACUAAAAAGGAACCCUUUUUAGUUUAGUUUUCAGUUUAUUUAUUAGUUGGUUCACAGUGUAUGGGCAGCAGCAGAAGCUUAUUCAGCCCCUUCUAUCGUCCUAACAUCACAUUCACACGACGGGCUUCAUGUUUUUGAUGAUUUUAGAGAGGCUUAUGCUUGGUUGAGUCAUAACACAGAAGUAGAUGAUAAAGUGGCUUCUUGGUGGGAUUACGGAUAUUAAACAACUGCAAUGGCUAACCGAAUUGUUAUUGUUGACAAUAAUACCUGGAAUAACACGCAUAUUGCUACUGUUGGUACUGCAAUGUCUUCUCCAGAAAAGACUGCUUGGGAAAUUUUCCACUCUUUGGAUGUCAAAUAUGUUCUUGUUGUCUUUGGAG